GCCGGAUGGAGCGCGUUCCCCUGUGCGGAGCAGCGCCUUCGGGCUGCAGGGCGCUGCACACAGCAGGAGCUGCGCUGCAGGUGCCCAUCACAGCCUGCUUGCAGCAGGUGGAAGCAGGAACAGGAGUGCAGGAAUGAGGAAAUGCCCCCACCGCACUCUGCCCUGUGCCCGGCAGCACUGCUGGUGCCGGGGGGGGUCUCAGAGGGUGGGGGAGGAAAGUACGGCUCUGCCUGGCAUCGAGCAUCAAAACCACGGAAGAGAAGUUUGUUUGACCUGAAACAAAUCGCUCCGUCGCGUUUGUUUGCUUUGUCCCUGCUGCCGUCAGGCUGGGGCUGAUUUCCUUUUUCUUUCAGGUUCACUUCUAGAGCACGAAGUGAGAAGAAGCAGGGAGGCUUCAUUUUGAGCCUGCCACGGAAUGGUCAACUUCUGCGCGCUCCCCAAAGGAAACGGGAAUGUUGGAAGAGAUUGUUAACCCUUCUGUUGUUUACGAUGUGGCACGGGAUUAGCAGUGGGGCUCCCCCCAGAGCCCGCGCCCCACCGGCGUGCCGGGCGGAUUAUGGCAGGGCAGCGUGCUGACCUCUGCUCUGCUGGGAAACGGAGGCUCCCGAGAUGAUAAGUGGCUCUGGGAAGAAAUUCCUUUCCCCACGUGAGGGAGUGGCGGCGCUGGGCACGUCUGCACCUCUGCACACACGUGGGGACCUGACGUGGAGAGGUGGGAGCUGAGGUUCUGCGAGGAGGACACGGUGUGGGGCCCUGCAGAUCAGGUCAGUAUGGGGCAGGAUGGGGCAGGACGGCCAUACCUAGCUGGCUGGGUGCUGGCCGGCUCCAGCUGAGCAAACACAGCUGGGAAGCAGUUCUUGCAGGUGCCUGGAGCAGCUCGGUGCAGGGGCACAUCAGUGUGGAUCCAUACUGGGAUUAUUAGUCCUGAUGGAGUUUGAGGUUCAGGUAUGGGGGUUGUGAUCACACUAGAGAGGAAUAAGUUUGUCUGAGGUCUUUCGUAUGCAGGAACCAGUAGGAGAAUGAAAGGAGAAAUCACACCAGCAGUCACUAGAUCUAGCCAAGUGGAUUUGGUGCCAGGAGGGUGCAGCUGUCAGACAGCCCCAGAGACUGGCAGUGCUGCAUCCCUGGGUGAGGGGGGCUGGGCAGCCCCUCCCUCCCACUCAGUGCCCUGGGAGGGACACACGGCCGGCAGCAGCACUUGCUGGGGCUGCACAGAGAGGGGAGGCCCCGGGGGUCAGCAGUGGGCUGUACCGGAUGGCAUCCCGCAGCACUGCUCUGCAGCCUCUCCUAAGCUGGGAGGCUGUGAUGGGAUCAGCAGCACUGAGGGCUGUGUAUGAGUCCCGGUGCUACUGAGGCACAGCACGAGAGUGCAACGGGAGCGGUUUGGGCUGCUGGCCAAAAGGAAAAUUACAUUCCAGGUCAAACACGAGGUUAACCUUUACCUGUAAAGGGGUGGGUUUGGUCCUUAAGUUGUCUAGAUAAACUUAAAAGCACAAAGAUUUCAAAACAACGUCGUUGUUUGAGUAUUGUCCUCUGCGCAGAAGGAUUUGUCAGUAAUUUAUGAAUAGAUAUUGCUAAAACAAACAGCACCAUGGGUGAAGCAACAAGACUGUUAGAGAAGAGGUGCCUUGUUGCAGCCCCAAACCAGCAGCGCCUCACUGCACUGCUGUGCCUGGCAUCACACAGACCUGAGCUGUGCGUGUGGAACCCGGGCACUCUGGGAGCCCUACUGGGAGCUCAGAUCCUCCUCCAGCCCUCACAGUGUCAGCGCAUCUCUAGGUCGACUGCAGGAGUUUUCUAAAUCUGGAGCUUUUUGGGACGUGGUGCAGCAGGAGCGGGCGGCCUCCUUGCCAGGGGCAGAGCGUGUCCCAGCCGCUCACCUUCGCGCCGGUCCUCCUCUGCGCUGGAAGGAUCAGUUCAGUGUUGGCAUGCUGGGAAAUAACAGCGGUGCUUUGCAGCCUUGCAUUGAGGGCUGCAGCAGGGAGGGUGAGAAGGAUGGUUGGCAGCCCCAGUGUUUUGGUGUCUGGGAGCGCCAGCGGUGCUGCAUGGCAAGCAGGGCACUGCUGUGGUGGCAAUCAGCCCAUUCCUAAAGGAAAAGUGCAUCCCUAGAAGCCCAUUCUGCCUGUGACUUAUCUCCCUAGGCCUUCUUUUGUGGUGUUUUUUUUCUUUCAUGCAGGGGCUGUAUUGACCUUUCCCAGGGAUGCUCUGCACAGCUCUGCAGCCCAUGGCGCGCUGAGGCCACCCAGCGGGUUCUGCUGCUGUAGCCUGGUGAGGGUCAGUGUGUAUGAGCAAAGAGAGAGCCAGAAUCCACCACGGGCAGCCCAGAGAGUUCACAGCCACCUGAUCGUUCCUCCUGGGUUCGUGCUGGGGUUCAGACAGCUCUGCUGAUCCACAGACGAGCCCCACCAGCCCCGAGCGAGCCGGCUCUUUGUGCUGCGGAGACAAGUGGCUCGCUGGGCCAUAGCUCUGCUCACAGAGCUGAAGGCAAUGCAGGAGCGGAUGGAGGGGGCUGGAGGAGCUGCAGGUGGUGCCAGCAGCACAGCAGCAGCCUGCCGGCUUGGGGCUGGUGGCGAUGCUGGACACAUGGGCUGCUGCUUGGGGGCCCCUUGGCACCAGGACCUGGCCCUGGGGUGCACAGCUGAGGAGUGUGAGUCCUGCUGCCCCCACUCGCCCCUGCUCCUGCCACGCUGGGACAGCCUGCAGCACAGCACAGCCGAGCGCCGGGGACGAUGGUGGUGGGAGAAGACCAUGGCAUCAGGCAAGGCAGGUGCAUCAGAGCCAAGCAGCCCAGCUGAGGCAGCGGAAGGCUCCCCAGACCCCUCCUCAGUGCUGCUGGCAGCUGGGGAGGACUUCCCACCAGAGAUCUCACUCUUCUUCUCCAUUGAGAGCCGCUCUUCGCGGUGCCGCAAUGCCCAGCUGCAGGAAGCAGCCAGAAGGAAGUUGUGGGCCUUGGAGAGUGACGACAGAGAUGUCUGCGCUCUGUUCAAGGAGCUGUCAGCCAGGCUGCUGUGCAUACAGGCACAGGAAGAUCGGUUCCUCCUCACUUUCAAAACCCUGGAAGAAGUCUGGAAGUUUUCCACUUAUCUGACUUUAGGCUAUGUAGGCCGCUGCUUGGAGCAGCUUCUCUUUGAGCAGGAGUACUGGCUGAACUGUGCUCUGGUGGAGGACACGGAGAUCAGAGUGUCCAUGGAUGAAAAUCGCUUGGCCACCAUAUACCUGGGUCUGCUGCUCCAGGAAGGUCACUUUUUUUCCAGAGCAGUGCCUGGUGUGUGCCAGCCAGGGGGGGAGGGACAGGAAGGCCUGCAGCUCUGUAGGAACGAGCUUGUCCACGUGAAGAACAUCGGAGGGGAGUCCAAAUGGGAAGGGAUGUCCUUGCUGACAGGCCAACGAGGCCUGGUGCCUGUGACUGCCCUAGAGCCAGUAUCUCACCCAUUCUACCAGUGGUUCCUGAAGAAUUACGCCAUGAGUUUUGGCAUCUCCCAGGAGAUCAGUGGGACAACCUCCCAGCCGAUUGCCAAAGGCAAGUGCACAGCCACAGCGGACCACAGAGGAGCAGCAUGGGAUGAACUGAGUUUCUCCAAGGGAGACAGCAUAGAAGUCGUCGGCUUUUUCCUUCCAGGACUCCCAUGGUUUGUGGGCAGAUCUCUAAGCAGUGGGAACAUCGGCUUUGUCCCAGUGCGAUUCGUAAAUGCUGAGGCUUGUGAACCUCUAGAAAAGGGAUUGGUGUUUCUGAGCGAAGAAGAAAACUUGCCCUUCCUGCGCAUGCCCUGCAAUGGUGGUGAGCAGCACUUUGCCACUCUGCUCGGAGAGCUGGCACGCACUGACAUCACCUCUGUGUACCGCCUGGAUGGUUUUGAACCCACAGCCAUGUUCCCAAAAGCGCCAUCAGAGGCUGUCGCCCGUGGCUGUAAGGACACCCAGCUGCUCCAGUCCUGGGAGGAGAUAAACAGCUUGGUCACAGCUAGCACAUCAGAGCAGUCCAGCCCAGGGAGUGAGUCAGCCCCUGCUACAUGGGAAGAUGUUCUCCUGGACAAGCUGAAUGACUUUGAUGAUCCCAAGUUCUUCAUUGACCUGAAUGCUGGACACAUGGAAGAUGCUGAUGUCUUUGAACCCAUAUUGACCUUCCUUAACCAAGACAGUUAUAUGCCCUGUUUUCAAAGCCUCUAUGAUCUCAGUUUCUCCUUUCUCAACUCCACUUUUUAUGGUUUCUCUGAUGAGGAUGAACUGGUCUUGUACCUCGAGACAUCCAGGAACUGGGCCAAGAGGACUCACUCAGUUUGGGCCCAUGUCAGGCUCUGUUUCCUCUUGGGUAAGCUCUGUAUGAAAAAAGUCAAGUUCUCCCAGGCUCGAGUCUAUUUUGAGGAAGCCAUGAGCACCCUGGACAGGGGCCUUGAGGACCUGCCCCUGCUGGCUGCCUUGCACGUGAACCUUGCUUCCAUCUACCUGAAACAGAACAUGAAAAACAAGUUCUUCUCCUUGCUGGGAAAAAUGGUGGCCUUGCUUGUCUGCUUGCCUGGCCGCUCCUUCAGCUCUGAGCACGAGCUGAGGGUCAUGAUGUACGUCCUGAGGGAGGCCAUUGUUGUGGGGAACGCUCCUCUGGAAGCACGGGUCUGCUUCCUGAUUGUCAAGCUCUUCCUCCAGCUGGGGAAGAAUGAUGAAGUGCUACCCUUUAUUGAGCAUCUUCAAUGUCUCUGCACCACUUCACUCAGCCAGGACACUAGCGCUGUGCUGCUGGAUGCCACCCCCAUCCUGAGCUAUCUGUAUGACAAGAAGUACUUGCCAAACAUCGCGCUUGCCUCUGCCAGGUCUUUUGUUCCCAGUGGCAUCAAAGGGGCAGCAACACCCAUUUGGAAAGCUGGCUUCAUCCUCCAAAAUAUGUCCAAGCUCCUGGGAAGCCAGCUGGAGAGGAGCAGCAUCCCAGCCCUGGCGUGUUCCUACCUCAAGCAGGCACUGCACUUCUCCUGUGAGAGCAGAGCAUUGACCACCCAGAGGAGUCUGUGCACCGUUUUGUCCCGGAUGUACCUCCAGCACGGUGUGCUGGAUGGGGCGGUGUGCUACGCAGCCCAGGCUGUGGCCUUCAGCAGGCUGAUAGGCGAGGAGGAGGCUUUUGAAUCCUCCCUCUCUCUGGGGUGGAUGUACCUUCUGAGCAGCCAGUCAGGCCCGGCUGCAGACAUCAUGGGGCAGCUCUUACAUUCCCUGCACGGGACGGACAGCGUGACGCAGGGUGGAGCGGUGCACAACCUCCUCGCCAUCGCUCUCAAAGGAGCAGGGCAGGUGCAGAAGGCCGCAGAGAACUACCUCCGGGCACUGCACAAAGCCAAGGAGACAGGGAACAAGAGGAACCAGGCUAUCGCCCUGGCCAACCUGGGGCAGCUGAGCCAGUCGCGUGGAGCGAGUCAGCUGUCUGAGCUCUACCUGCUGCAGGCUGCCCAGCUGUAUGCUGAGCUGCAGGGCAGCGAGGAGCUGGAGCUGGAGUCGGUGCAUGUGAUGCUGUGGCUGGCACAGGCCAUGGUCAGCAGGCAGAGGAUGGAAGAUGGCAAACUCUGUUAUGAACUUGCACUGGUUUUCGCCCUGAAGUGGCAUAACGUGAGGAGUCAGCUUCACGUCACUGAGGCUCUUUGCCAUUUCUACAGCCAAGUGUGCCCCAGCCUCCAGGCCUGCAUUACCUACCACGAGCACCGGGUCUCUUUGGCACAGAAACUCCAGGACAGAGAGCUGGAAGGCAAUGUCCGGCAGACCCUCAGCCAGCUUUACCAGGCUUUGGGCACCCCUGAGGCUUUGAGACAGUCGCUGGACUGCACCAAACAGAGUCUGAGGAUCUUCAUUGACCUCGAGGAGACUGGCAAGGCAGCAGAGGCCUGGCUGCAGGCAGGAAGGCUGUAUUAUCUCAUGCAGGAAGACGAGCUGGUGGAGAUGUACUUUCAGGCAGCGAUUGAGACUGCUCUGAAAGCUGAGAACUUCUCCUUGGCCAUGGAUCUCUACGAAAAAGCAGGCGAUAACUUUUUUAAUGGCACCCGACACAGAGAUCAAGCAGUGGAGUUUUAUAGGGGUGGUGCAGUGCCCUUGGCCAGGAAACUACAGGCCAUUCAGACAGAGCUGCGGCUGUUCAAUAAGCUGACGGAGCUGCAGAUGGGGCUGCAGGGCUAUGAGAAGGCGCUGGAGUUUGCCACGCUGGCAGCCAGGCUGAGCAUCAGGGUGGGAGAUCAAUUGCAAGAGCUGGUUGCAUUCCACCGCCUGGCUACCGUCUACUAUUUUCUGCAGAUGUAUGAGAUGGCUGAAGAUUGCUACCUGAAGACACUCGCCCUGCGUCCCCCUAUGCUGCAGUGCUCUGGAGAAGCCCUGUACUAUUGUAAGGUGUAUUGCCACCUUGGCAACCUGACCCUGCACAAGCUGAAGGAUGAACAGGACGCAGCAGCCUAUUUCCUCCUGGCCCUCGCUGCAGCCACCGAGUUGGGAGAUGCGGAGCUGCAGAGCCUCAUUGGUGCCAAACUGGCCAACAUCCCCAGAGCCCCGCGGCGACCCGUGGACAUGCCGGGCUGUGCCACGUACCGGGCCAGGUGGCUGAGUGAAGGAGGCCACGUUGUCUGAGCGAUAGACGUGUCGCCACGGGACGUGCACAAUCCGUGUGCUCUCCAGGAGCAGCAGUCAGCAGACGUCCUGCCACCAGCAGCGUUUUGGUUUCUUGUGCCCAUCAGAUGAGGGACUUGGGACCCUGCCCACAUUUCUCGGGCACAGGGCUGUGCAGGCGGCGCUGCGGGCAGAGCGGGGCAGGAUGAGGCCCCGGCAGCUGGUGCUGGAGCAGGAGUGCAGCUGUGCGUGAUGGGGAUGGUAACAAGGUGCUGCCCGUCCCCACCUGGGCCUCUGACCUGAGCGUGUUUUAACUGGAAUAGCAGCUCUUUAUUUAUCCUGGCUGUUUGCUGGGCUGUCUGCUCCGUGCGGGUCUGUGCCCCACGCUGUGACACAAAGCACCGCCGCCCUCCGGCAGGGAAAGGGACGGGAAAACGCGGCGUCGGGGGCUGGGAGGGGAAGGCCGGCAGGAGGCAGCGAGGCGGCCGCUCACCGCCAGGGAGCAACCGAGCCCCGCGUUUGCAGCUCGGACCCAAAGCCGAGCGGCGCUCCGGGCGCUGGCAGCCCGCUGGGGCUUCCCAGAGGGACCUGAUGCAAAGCGCCCCGACUGACUUACGUGGCUCACUGCUUGUAAAUGCUGAACGCAGAACAUUUAUUUCCUCACUGCACUUUGAAAACGCUGAUUUCGUUUUCCCCCUUUCAAACCCUGUGAGCAUCUGGCAUUGGGGCAGUGAAUAUACGGCAGCUUUAUCGUACGUUUCAGUGAUGCCAUUGGAGAACCUCAGCCCUGUGCUCAGAAGAGGUAAAUCUCUGUCCCAUGUGAAAUACAGUGAGGUUUUGGGGGAGGCAGUGCAAGGAAUCCCUCUGGCUCGCUCCAUGGGCUCACAUCAGGUGCCCGGUGCUCACCCACAUCGGCCAGGAUCUGCACAGCUGCAUUGCAGCCCAGCUGUGCACACAUCAGGUGCUCAGCACUGGCCUUGGGGACCCUGAAAUGAUGCCCGAGGUCACCGCGAGGCUGCUGGCCAAGCACCCUCUGGGGUCCUACUUCCCUGGGGUUUCAGUGCCGGUGCAUUGAGCAGUACAGCACUGUGGGACAGGAACUGUGCAUGGGGGCACAGCUGUGUGGGGCCGUGCCCUCACAGACCCACACUAAAGGCGGGUCACUUUCUGUUGAGCACCAGGGAGAAAAUAAGGGCUUUCUUUAAGCACAGAGGGUCCGUGUUUCAGCUGGUCUAAAUCAGCUAACCUCCAUGGAGUCAAACUUGCAGGGAUUGUAGGUCUGGCCCACCGUUUUUAACCAAAUGCGUGAUCUUUAAAUCACAGCAAAUGAUUCUGUGGUGCCUGGGGGAAAAGGAGACUCACUCCUUGAGAACAUCCCAUGAAACACCAUUUUCCCUCUCCUUCAUCCACCAGCUCUCUCCUGCACAAAGCUGGUCACACACGCUGACACAGAGGCUCUGUUUUCCCGGUGGGAUGAGAAGUCAAGGUGGCUAGUACUAAUUAAACAUCAUAGCAACACAGUGAAACUUGGUGCUUACCAGCUCCUGUGUCUGAACCCAAGGGAAGGCAAGGAUCCAGUGCUCCUCCAGCCACAGAGGAGACUUGUCCUUGCCUGGAGAGAAAUGUCAAGGAGAAGUAGAUGCUUUGGGGUCUUUAUGCCAGCGGAGGUGACCUCACUUGAUGGCUCAGGUCCUGGAGCAGCUGGGCUGGGGGUUAUCAUCCUCUGCCCCUCCUGGGUGGGUUGGCAUGAUAACCAUCACCCCUGGGCCACAGGGCUGGGAGCUGGCUGUCUUUUAGGCACACCGAGGAGAAGCCAUGUGUGUGUGCAGAGCACAGUGACCAUGCAGGAGGUGCGCACCCCGAGGUGCUGCAGGGCACAGAGGCAGAUCAGAGCUGUGGUGGAGGAGCUGGGCUGUCAAUGUCCAUCCUAUAGGCACUGGCCACCAGAGCCCAGCCCUCCUUCAUCAGCAUGAAUGCCAUUAUGGGCAGACAGAGGAAAAAAUAGGGGAAAGGGUGGAUCAGGUCUCCUCACAUCCUCACAUUCAGUGAGUGCUUCUGAAGGAACCGCCAGCAUCAGCACUGCCAGCCACAAUGCAAGCCCACGUAAAGCCAAAGUUGGCUGUUUGGUGCCUCAGGGGGCCAUUUAAAUCCUGGAAUAAAGAGGGACUGGAUUUCUUUAACAUAUGCUCAUUCUUGGGCAGUGGAAAUACCAUGACGAGAAUAAUUCCUGGCUUUUCGUAGCUCUGGUGUUAGCCUCCAGAGGCACUAGGAAAAAAAGCAAGCAUUUGUAACUGCAAAUAUAGAUAUGGACAGGAGCAUAAUGAUAGCUGGAGUUAUUGGGAUUAAUCGGAAAGUACUCUUUCUUGCAGAAAUACAACACCCAGCAGUAAUAACUGCUACGAGCAGGCACCUUUCAUCAUUCCCUCAUUGCACAGUACUGCAAAUCCUCACUGCCUGUUCUAGGUGGAGAGACCUUCCUAUCCCCAGCUGUACCAGGCACAGCCUUCACCCACUGCCAGCCUCAGGUCCUCAUGGGACAGUCAUGGGGUAGAAAACCUCUGAGUAUGUCAGGGUCCAACAGUUGGGUGGGGGAGCGCUGCUGCUUGGAAGUCUGCACUUCACUGAUGGGGGUAGGAGCCAUCUCUCCCCUCCCAAGGGCCUGCACUUGCCCCCUGACCCCGACCUUAACCCUAACCAAAAUAACCAACCCCAGCUGACCCUCCUGCAGCCCUGAUGGGAGCACACUGUGGCUUGGAGGGCUGUGCUGGAGCCCUGUGCUCACUGUGCAGCUGGGGAUGCCGUCCGUGGACGGGGCAUCACUUAUCAGCCCCAGAUGAUAGCAGAGAAGUGCUGCCGGGCACAUCCUGCUGCCAGGGCUUGUCAGGAUGUGGAGGAGCAGUGUCUGGGUCAGAGGCAAACCUGAGCUCUCCUCAUCUCAGGGGCAGCCGUGACUGUGCAGACAAUGUCUUUCCGCGUUGCUUGGAAAAGCAAUGAGAUGUUGGUAAACACCAGCUGUUCUGCUGAGCGGGGCUGGGCGAAGUGUGCAGGCUGGGCAAUUUAGAUUAAAAAUCAGUUAUUUACACAGCAACCUGCGUUUUUUGUUUGGUGGUAAAUCGGGAUCAUAAAUAUCCACGCUGGGGGGUGUGCUUGAGGUUAGUGCUGGGAUGCUGUGCAGCAGCCAGGAGUCACUCACUGUGACUACAUGUCCUUGGGUAAAGCCAUGGACCUCCAUACAGUGGCAAGGCAGGCAGGGUGCAGCAAUGCUCCCGGCUCUCCUCAUAGCUCCCCAGCUCAGCACGGUGUCCCACCAGCCCUGGCUCCUCGCUGGGAGGAAACCCGGCAGCACGAGGCUCCCUUGUCACAGCAUAGAGACAACUGUAGGAAACCACGCGAGCGCCAACAAGUCCCGUCACACUGCAGGGAGCAGAGAGGAAAAACAGAUCGGGAUUUGGCUGCCAUAGAGCCUGCUGGGAUGCAGUCCAGGAACUGGGAUGAACACAAGACAAUUAGCCCCUGAGCACCAGAGAGGUGCUGGAGAAAGGAAGAAGAAAUUCUUACUUAACCAGCACACAAAGGGACUUUGGUUAUGGAGUGGACUGUUACGGAGGGCUACUUUAGUUUUGUUUAUCUUUCUUCUUUUCCUUUGCACCUGCUCUGACAGUGGCAUUGGGACCAUAAAAGAACACAUGGACACACAGGGAGCGAUGCUGCGGCACUGAUGGUGCUUAUGUUGAAUUCUGCCCGAGGCAACUCCAGCUCCUUGCAGCUGGUUUUCCACUUGCAGCAUGACCUUCCCCCAUUGCUGCCCAAAAUUUAAGUCAUGUUUGAUCUGAGCAUUAGUAUAAUAUUCAUCAGGUUUAAAAAAUUUACUCUAAUGAUUUAGAAAGGAUUUGCAAGAGUUCCCAAAUACCUCCUGUGUGUCAGGGCUGUGUUCUGCUAAAAACUCUGCCAGGCUCUUCUCCAACCCAUUCACAGCUGGGCAGGCCGUGCUGGAGCAUCACUGAAGUGCAAGGAACCUGCAGGGACACUGUGUGUUCCUCCUGGUGACAGCACAGCCAAACUCAACGACAGUAUCACUGCCUUUGGACUCAUCUCGCUGUCCUCUGAGGCUGUCAUCUGCUGCAAGGUAUUUUGCACUACAGGAGCUCCAGUCUCUGAGGGUGGCAGGACAUGUCCUGACAUGCGGCACUUCUCUACCAGCCCUGUUUUCCUUUGGCACUCUGCUGAACUCCUACCUGAACUUUGGGAUCCACACCAUCUCCUCUCAAAUCUCCUUGGCAGUUCUCAAGAAGUGGGGGCAUUUCUCCCCCCACAACGGCCAUCAUGAUCAAUUAGUAGCCAUGAGCCCCUGCAGGGCCCCCUGUUGUUUAGGGUGGUUUGUCCUCAGCUUCUUUCCAACCCUGCCUUGAAAACGAACUCAUAACUACUUUUUGGCUGCCAUUUGCCGCUGUGGUUCCAGUGCUCUUCUCGGAUUGGAAAUCUCUUGAUCUUGCCUAUCUGUUGUGUUUUCAUUUGGGAAGCACAGAACAGAUAAAGAGACACUUAGGCAAGAAUGUCUCUUAGAUACUUAAAAACCCAAGUGGUCUCUGAAUGGACAUCUGGCAACUUGCAUUUGCUGUUGGCAGGAAGGCUGCUGCCUUUGGAAGCCAGCAGGUGUCCUUUGGAUGGAGCUGCGAUCACUGGAUGUCUCACGGUGCUUUUAUCCAAUCCCAAAUCUGCUCCUGCCUCUCCUUGAAGGGCUGUGGUGGAUGGUGCUCCAGUGCCCAGCCCCAGAAUGUCACAUACACGAUGCUGUCCUGCAGCCUGGCUGCUACCAGCAGCUCUCUUCUGUUCACACCUCAUGCUGAGUUUGUGACCCCACCUCUGUUUGGUGGAGAAAGAAACGCCAUAGGAAGGACUGUAUGCUGGCUCCACAUCUCCGUGGGCUUCCCUUUGGGCUCUGCAGGCUGAUCUGCACAGAGAUGCCUUUAACUCACCUGGACCUUCAUUUCUCUGUGCAAAUGCGCAUCACCUGCAGUGCCACCUGCGGGCACAACCCAAACCCCUCAGUCAUGGCUGUGACAGGUUAGCUCCCUCCUUUGCUUUUCUGCUCUGCAGGCUUCAGGUUAACAACUCAUCUUGUCGUGCUGUCUGUGCAGGCACUGAUGUGUGUGCACAUCAUUUUCUGUUGUCAUGUUUCCCCCCAGCACCACCCACAGGCCUUUCUUUGCGGUUCCCUUUCCCUUCUGCCUUUUAUCUCUGCAGGAUCUCCUGGAUGCAUUUCGGAACACGGGAGGUACAGUCACUGCACACCCACUCCCUGCACGCUGGCUUUAUCCAUGGGGUUGCAUGGCCUGAACUGCACAGAAGGAGAGGACAAUGGGACAGAGAGCUCAGCGGUAGGGGAACGUGUGGAGAGAGAUGGGAGGUGUGCUCGGGGGUUUGGGCACACAGAGAUGUGGGACAGACAAAAUAGUGAAAAGCAGCUUUUUGGAAGGCUGUUGCCACCACCCCCAGCCCAGCCUUGUGUAAGCACGUGUGCUCCCCACAGUGCCUUUAGAAAUCCCCAAUUUUUUCUCAUUAUUCAUGUUUUUAUCAAAGUUAAGGCUUACAGUUACCACCCCUGGGAUACUGCAUGUGUUCCUCCUUUGGCACAAAGCUCCUGCUUCAGCCACAGCCACCUUUUGGAAAGACAUCCAUCCUGCCAUUAGAACUACUGGUGAAUCACUUCAUCCCCAUGGAUGCCAUUCUGCUGUUUAAUUACUCACCCUGCUUCCCACUCUGAAGUUGCCUCAUUUCAGUUUCCAGGCUCUGGAUCUGCCUGUGUUUUCAGCUACUCACUGAAGCCCCUCUUAUCAUCACAAAGCUUUUUCUGAGCUGGCAUUUGUAGGCUGUAAUCAAGUUACCCACCUGUCUCCUCUUUCAAAGAAAACAGAUUGGGUUUCUUUAAUCUGCCCCCUGCAAACCCAGGUGAGCAGAGGCUUUUUUAUUUUCUCAUGCAUGCUAUACACCCUGGCUGUAAGAGCUGCAAGUGUCAUUUGUGUACUGAGAGAGCUGCUGAAAGAGAGGAGAGUCUGUUCUGCAAACUGCAUUUGCAGGGGGGUCACAGGGGAUGCUGGGAGCUCUUCCAGAGAGCAGCCCCAGCCGUGCUCCAUCAGUGAGGGCAUCUGUUGGUGAGCUCUGCUAAUUCAGUGUAGGUAAGGCAGUGUGGCUGCAUGUUUGUAAAAAGGAGCAAACAAGCAAAAAAAUGAAUGGGAGUUAAUAUCUGCUCGGGAGAUGUGGAUUGAUUUCCUGCUCAUCUGCCAAUCUUUAAUUAUUAUUAUGCAUCAUGGUAUUUAGUUUCCUAAACAAAAGGCAAUGAAAACCGAAUAGAGUAACAUCAGAUACCUCUAACUUGAUUUAGGUAUAACAGCUUUAUUAACUCAAAACUGAAACAUUCCAAGGGAGCUACUGCAGAUCCAAGGGCUCUGUGUUGACUUUGGGAAGCCCCCAUCAUGCUGCCCAGCCAGGGCCGGCUCCCAGUGGAAGCAGCAGUUUCCUCCUGCAGCAAAGUGCCCGGGGUUAAAGCUCCUUGGGUCUCAUUUGGGGCACUGGUUCUCUUCACUCUGAGAAGUGCCCGUACUUCAACAUCCAUUAGUGCCUUAUCUCUGCAAGCCUGCCCCGCUCCUGCUGCUCUGCUGGGCGCCGUAGGGAACGUCACACUGCAGCACUCGGUGGCCCUGUCAUUCCUUGUGCAUGUCAUGGCUUCAUCGUGUGUCUCGUUAGUUAAUUAGAUGACAGAAGAGCGAGUGGCACCAGUCAGAGCAGCGCUACAGAAUGUGUGAAAAUGUCAAAUGAGCUCAUGGAGUGAAGCCCAAGGUGCUGCCCGUUGUGAGAGCCCACGUUGGGCAGCUUGUUCCAGUCAGGAUGAGCACGGCCUGACACAUGGCCUGCACUGCCUGGUCUGUGCUGUCUGUGGACCCAGCUGUGCCCCAGUGGGACCUUAUUUUUCAAAGAACACGUUCCUCAGACAAAAAUCACUAUUCCUAUUGGAGAGGGAGGUGAAAGCCAGAGGUUAAUGGACUUGAAGGCUGGAAGAUGCUGUCCCAAUGGCUACACAGCCUCCUGCCCACACUCCCCCAUGUGUUUCAUGCACCGGGUGUGUAAGGGCAGCAAGUUUGCCCUGCAGUGACAGCCAGGCUUGGCUUCAUAAUGGUAAGAAGCACACCUGCAUUCGUAGCAAGCUUGCUCAGUUUUUAUUAUCAGCACCUUGCUUAUAGCCUGAGUUUAUCUCGCUGCACUUCCUAAUCCCUCCAUCUUUUCAUUCCUUUGGUUAUCAGCUUAGGCAACCUUCUGCAGCCAGAAAUGGUUCUCCUGAACAACGCACACGCGAUCCGAGAGAAGACACAGCCACGCCAUCCUGGCACUGGGUGGGCUCUGCUGAGGGGCUGCUGCAUCCUCACAGGGGUCACGUCCUCAUAUAGAGCCUCCCUGGGAAUGGGCUUUGGUCCCUUGCAUGUUUCUCCUCGGGAGCUUUGGGCACCAGCUCUGUCCUCCUGCAGCCUGGGGCAGGGUGUACACCCACAGGGGAUGCAGGGCAAUGUAUGAAGGCAGGAAAAAGCUCCCAGUGCAACACGCCUUCUGCAAUUUGCUUUUCUGCUCAUGCUACAAUAUUGAUUUCAAAACCCCUCUCCUGCUUAUUUAGUUCUGAAGUGGAGCAGCGCGCCGAUGGGCUGGGAGCAGCUCCCGAGUCGAGGGAGUGUAUCGUACAUGGCUAAUUGUAUGGUCUGCACUGCCUUUUAUCUUAGCUUGCAAUUCAUUUAGCAGCAGAUCUCUCUGUUCGUCAGUUUUGAUUCCUGGGGUACCAGAUAAUUUCAUUUGCAGAUGGAUUUUAUGCUUUCUGAUACUUCAGUAACCCCAUUUGGUAUAAGCACAGCUCUUCAUUUCCCUGCGAGGACGCGGACAACGAGCAGGAGCUGAGCACAAAAACAGCCAUUUAUUUAACCAGCGAGUACAAUUUCCCGUGCCCCGUUUCUCACCAACCUCACCAGCCUCUGUGCAGGUGCCACAUGCAGGUGAGGCAGACAUGGCUCGUUUCCAGUUCUGUUUGCAGGUAGCAUUUUCUCUGCACUGUGCUGCAGGACAGCGUGGAGUGGACACCCACUGCCUAUAUCUCAGGGAUGAGCUGCUCUGCAGAGGGACUCACGUGUUGCUGACUGCAGUGCUACGGGCUUCGGUGUAUGGGAUGCAUUGGACCUCCUGUUGCUGCAGUGACGUGAGCCUUCCAGCCUCCCUCAGCAAUCAGCAAAAUGCAGUUUGUAAACGUUCUCCUUUUGUUACUUCUUCUACGUUAUAAACCCGUAAGCUGUUACAGAGGCACACGCUUUGAUUGCUGCAUUCUCUUUCUGUCCUCAGCCGUGGGAUCAGAGAGCGAGAAAAGCUUCAUCCCAAAUAGCUCCCGAUUACCAUUUACACUCCUUACUUCUUGUCCUCUCGGAUCGAUACUGCUCUUAAGUACUGCAAAUUGGAGGAGAGCCAUCAAAAUGCUCUAUUUUCACAACAGACGUACGAUGAGAUCACCGGCUCCGAGCCACCAACCCCUUUAUGUCAACGAUUUCUCCAAAGGAACUUUCCGUGUCAUUUCCGAUACCACUUUCAAAGACAAAUAGCAGGAAGUGCUCUUUGAAUCCCAACGUGACUUCUCACGCUGGAACACGUUGGUUAAUUUGGACGGCAGCAGUAAAAUGUGUUGAAAACGAUGGAAAUACCAUAAACCAGCACAGAAAGUGAGCCCAUUUCAAUCCUCCAGAAGAGACCAGCAUGUUUUGUUUGUUAUAUUCUUCAUAUAUCCACAAGUUAAUGAAGAGUGGGUUUUUUUUCCUUUCAUUUUUUUCUCUUCAUCAGUCAACAUGGGUUGGUUUUCCUCUCUCUAUUUUUUUUUCUUUAUUGAGGGGAAGGAACUGCGCAGAGGAAAGGGAAUCAAAGGGAAAGCUCUUGGAAGGCCAUGAGAGCCUUGAAAGGAGAGCAGCCUCCUGCACACUGGGCAAGGAGGUGGCAGCCUGCAGGUUGGUGACAGCAGUGUUUCGGGCCCCGCCAUCCCCGUGAGCACCCCCAGUGUCAGAUGUCCAAGCCAUGGGGCACAGCAGAGCAGCAGAAGAGCUGAGUGGAGAAGGGUGUUGGAGCGGCUGCAUUGCAAAAUGGCUCAUUUUCCUUUGAGAUUAAUUGGCUGGAUUCUGACGAAACCUGUUAUUUAACUGAACACCGCCGCCUGCUUAAUUGAGUUCUGUGCAAAGCGCUCCCAGAAACUGGAAGCCUUCCCCCCUCCUCCAGCGCCUGUGUUCAUCUCCAUCCAGGGAAAUUCAUGAGAAUUUGUUAAAAAAAAACACACAAAAAACAUUGGCAACUCAGAGCCAAAGGCAACAGGCCUCUCAACAUGUCCAAAUACAAACUGUUCUAAUGAAUGUCUGCUGUCAAAUGGCCAGGACAAAAAAAAAAAGGAGAAACAGGACAGCAAACGGAGCUACAACUUCAGCAGUCACCUGCUGAAGGAUCCUGUGAAUCAAAGAGGAGUAACCGCCCACCCCUGCUCUGCCUACAGUGAUUCAAGGCAGACAGCAUCAGCUUGAUGCCCCGGGUCUUACAUUUUGUAAUGGAAAGUUAGCUGGAGAGAGAGUGCACCACUUGGUCCUGGAUGGUGGUGUGCGGGCAACGCCUCCAUCAGCAGCAGGAAGAGGAAUGGGAACCAGCCCAUCCUUGGGGUCUCCUGCACCACAGCACAGCCUGGGUCUUCAUACAGCAGAGAACAGCCUGCUAUGUACGUUCAGUGCAUAUUCCCCAUGCAUUUGGCUCGCAGGCUCUGCCCCAGUGGCUCUGGGUCCUCUGCCACCGUGCCAUGGGGCUGUGCAGCACUCAGAGCAACCACAUCAAUAUUCAUCUCUUUGUAAAGAUGACCUGCCCCUGCUGCUCAGAGUCACUUCAGAUUAUUCGUAUCGAUCCAGCACUGUUAAUGAUUAAAUACAAUGUUCUUCAAAGCUUGCAUUUAACAAGAAAGCUUGAUUGGAUUUACUGUUUUGAGGUUGGGUGUGUUGUUUUCCGUUAUUUUGCUUCCCCCCUUGUCUUUGUGGAACAUCGUGUCAUUUUGCAAAUGAAGAAUUACCCUCUUGCCUUUUAUUAAAAGCUUCCUUCUAAAGGAUUCACAUUGCGUUGCUGAAUCAGAUGGAUGCUGUGUUGCAACACCCACUGCCACCUCAGUCCACCCCCCGCCAGCCACCCGCAGUGCAGGGACAUCGGGUGUAGGGGUACCAGCUCUGGGUGCUGCCACCCUACAACAAGUCCAUGCCCACACCCCUCCGGGCUCAGCAAAUCAGCAGUGCUGGGGUCAGCGGUACCCAAAGCCCUCUGUAUUUUUCAGGAUCGUUAGAAAAGAGACGUUGACAUUUGUGUCCCAGCUUUUGUCAGCUGGGACAAACAACCACAACAUCUGAUGCCAGUCCUGGAGAACGUUCCAUGCCUUUAAAGAGAAAAUCAAAAGACAAAAGCACCAAAAGAAGUUUAGCUGAUGUUCUCCAUUUGCAACGCUGAGAGGGCAACCUGAAAACCCCAGCACAACCUACAGUGCAGUUUUACCUUUGUGUUUCCACCGUCCAUCCAAAUGCCAUCCUCCAUUGGGAAUGCACGGAAUUGGAUCUGAAGGAGGAAUAAGCUCCAUGCACCAUGAUGCAAUUGCUGCACACCCCUGGGGAAGUGCUAUGGGAGAGUUUCACUGCAAAAAGAGCUGUCAUUGCAUUUAUUUUUCUGCUUGUCUGAGUGAGAAAACAAGGCUCAAUCACACAUUGUAAGAGAAGAAAAACAAGGAGAGGACAUGGCAGUGAAACCAUCGAGCUAGCACUUGUUAGUAGCAGUUUGAAAGGAAGGGAAAUCAAAGUUCCAGUGAGAAGUCAGUGACCUGGCAAAGCACAGCCACGAAGCAGCAGCAGAGGACAGCCCACCAGGAGCCCUGUGCUGCCCACUGGGGAGGGUGCUGUGCAGUGCCACUUGGGCUGAGGACAGAGCGCACAGCAGCCCCAGCGCUACCCAUAGCAGCAGCAGAGCUGUGUACCCAUGGGCAUGUGUGUGUUUGUGCCCAAGUCCCCACGCCUGAUAGGAGAUGGAUAAAUAGAAGUGACCCAGAGGUCUGGGGUUACAUCUGCUUAGACUCAAUGACUCGAAAUCCAUUUCAGGCUCCUUGGAGGCCCUGUUCAGCGCUGUCAUGCUGGAGCCAGGAUAUUAAGGGCACCUGUCAGGGCUAUUUCAGGAACCAGAGGCCUCCCUCCCCUGCAUGCUGAGCUCACGGCGUAUCAGAUGAGGUCUGCUGGAGCAGUACACAUGGAAAGUCUGGUUUUCCAGUGAGAAGUCUGGAUGAGAAAGUGACUUUCUGAGCCCCCUUGUCACUGACGGCUCCAGCUCUGACCAUGACACCAGGAUACAGAUGGGGGCAACCAGGCUUGCUCUUCAUUGAGGGCUAUUUCUACAAAUACCUCAUGUUUUCUCUUUCUAACCGCUGCCACAGGCUUCAGUUCCCCCUCAGCAUGACCUGAGCUGACCUCAGGCACAUCCGCAUGGCCAUUUGGGCUCCAGCACAGCCUGUCCCUGCAGGGCCGUGGUAAUAGAGCCUGCAGCCAGAGCACACUUGGCUUGAUCCAGAACAGCCUGGGGGGGAAGAUAAAUAAGGGAGGGACAGAGUGUUUUAAUACAGGAGACAAAAUAAACAUGUUAAGUGCUCUAUAUGCAAAAGCAGGAGGAAUCCCACCGCCUCAGGAAUGUUCCUGCUGUGACUUGCAUGUGGAACAAACCCUCUUCAAAGGCUUCAUCACUGAAUGUUUCCCUCUGCAAACCCUGCUUUCCAGGGCAGGGAAAGUCUCUGUCACACAGCCAGCUCCUCGUUGAGGAGCUUUGGACGUAAGUGCUCCUCCUGGCCGUCACAGAACCAAAGGCACUUCAGCCUCAUCCUGUUCUUUCUUUUCUCAGAGGGGAUACGGGAAAAACACUCAGCAGAGCUUUAUAUGUCAUGGAGAGAUGUUCAAAAUCACAAGUAGUUGCAGAUAGAGAGCUUCAGACUGUGGUCAUGCAUGCAGCCAUGACUCAGUUGCUGACUGACAGAGCCCUGCCUUCCAGCAGGCUCAGCCCCACACCUAGCACGGUGUGCUCAGCCUGGUUCCCAGCUCUCCUUACAGACACCUGCAGAUGAGCAGGCAGCCAGAACACCCAGCAGCUGCUCCUGGCUCCUGAUGAGGAGCCCAUUGCUGAAGGGAGACCCCAUACUGCUCACCAGUUCAGAUCCAGGGCAAGAAAAACUCAUGCUCUUCACUGGUGCCAGCACAGAAUUCAGUUGUUUGGGAUGUACACGAAACAAAAGCAAGCCCUGCCUUCUUAGAGCAGCUUCUCUCUACACCUCCAGCAGUUCUGCCCUAAAGCCUUAUCCUCUGAGCUGGAUUACACAGUACACCCCCUUGAAAGAAACCUCCUCUUAGCACCUUCACUAACGUGCUGACCCACUCAUUAAAAACCCCAGCUGUCCAAUUUCCUCCACGCUAUACCCACCAACCCAGAGCUAUGGGGCAGGCCCAGCUGCAGAGAAUUUAAAGAUCCAUCUGUGCUGAGUGGCUGCAGGGCUGGUGGGAAGGCAUAAAGGUGUAAAGGGCUCUGGCAGAGCCUGUGCUUGCUUCUGACGUUGCUUAGCUAGAAUGGUCGGAGCUGUAAGAGAUGGAAGUGCUGCUUCAAGGCUGAGUUCCUCCUGGUGCUUCUGCUUAGAGAGCUCUGCUCUGUCUGCUGUGGAGGAGCCCUCAGUGAGUCCCCAUUGCGGGGACUGAUCACCUGUUUUGAUGUGAUUUGCUUAAUGGGAGCUGAACGAUCCAGAGCUCUGCUCCUGGUGCAGUAAAUGAUUCCCCUGCUUACAAAUCCUGUUGUAUCAGCAGGAGUGCUUUGUAUUGCUAAAAGCUGCAGCACUCACUAACACAGAGGUGUAUCUGCAGCUGAAACUCAUCCCUGUACUUGAGUGGGGAAAUGAUACUUUUCAACACUUUACAUCCAGAGCUGGAAGGGAAUUUCCCACUCAUCGCUCCUAUUGUUUCUCCUCACUUCAUCUUUAAAACUGUGGAGAGGGCAAAGGAAUGGAGGAGACGUCUGUACAGGUGAAGCUGGAGCUUCGUUCACGUGCAGGGCUUCGGGUGUCCCCUCCACCUGUGUGCACCAGCUCCGUGUCUCCACCUGCGUUGUGCACAGCAGGGCCGGGUCAGCAUGGGAUGGAGCACACGGGCAGGCAUGAAGGGCACUUCUGUCAUCAGACAGACAUCUGCCUGCAGCAGGACGGAGCCACGGACUCCUCCAGCAGGUGCUGCCCUGGAGAGAUUAACCCCCAAAAGGGGAUGGAAAAACAGCCCUGACGUGAACCUGCAUUCCCUGCUAGCAAGCCUGCAGAUAAAUUCGGGUGCAGUGCAGGCCCCGUGAGUCAGGUUCCUUUUUCUGCUGUCUGAUAAUACCACCCUGAGAAGGGUUAAGUGAGGUUGCAGGGGAGGUUUCCAGGAAAAAGCGUUGGUCUGAGGACUACUGGAGGGCCUGGUUAUGCCUCGGCACUGUAGGCGUGGAGUGAUGCUGGGUUUACACCUGUUGAAAUGGGGGUGAGAUGCUUUUUGGAUGUGACAGCCCACCCCAACCAGCAGCCAGCUCUCCAAAGGGACACCUUUCUGCAGCUGGGCCGAAGUCCCCACACCAGAGCUUUGCUGCUCCGGGAGAAAAGCCAUGCAGAAAACCCUGGGAAAAGCUGUGGCUGAUGAAUUGCUGCUGUGCAAAGUAAUCCCUUCAGCCUGGCAGAAUCUCUGUUUACCUCUUAGUGCCUAACACUACUGUUUGCAGGAGAUGGCCUUGCUGUGGCAGGGUCGUGCUCUCACCAGGUUAAAUUACUCAGCUAUUGACUGCGUUCAUUAGUCAGAUACUGACUCACCGUGAUGAAGAAAAUGAGGAGUGCUACAGCAUUACUUUAUUACUCAGUCUGCUGAAAGAAAACGGCUCCCCUUUUACCUCUCACCAAAAAGUUGAGUAUUCAAAAGAUCAGAAGUACAUCCCAGCAUGAAUCAGCCAGGAGGUGUGUAUGUAAGAUCAAAUGGAUCAUCAAUGCAAUUAGCAGCCUGGGUUCCCGCAGGGGUAGGUGUUUUACUUACAUACUCUGUUCAGUGUUACAUCUCCAUACCCCAUCCCCUCUGCAAGCCUUUCUUCUCAGGUAUUCCUUCCCAUCUCCCUGCUGUCACAAACAUCCCUCAGCUCCCAGCAGCAGCUCUGUAACCAACAGUGUAAAUUCCUUCUUCUCUCCUUCCCGAGAGAUGCUACUUUUAUUUAUCUUUUUUUUUUUUCCUUUUUCUGAUUAAUUAAGCCUACCUAAUUUUCUCAUUGCUGCUGCCUGCUCAGAUCAGAGGGAGGAAGCUCGGCGUGUUGGGCAGCAGCAGGGCGCUGGACCCCGGGUUACCCCCACGUGAAUACCCUAUCAGUGCAUGUGGGCCCAAGAGAAACAGCACUGAAGGAAUGAACCGUGAUGAGACUGUUAUUUUAUAGGACUUUCUGGAAAUGCCCAUGUCCCGUACAUAGAAUUAUCGUAGCCAGCAGCAGGAGGUGAUAAGCCAGGAGGACUCACCAAACGUCUGAGAGCUCCGAGCACACAAAUCUCCAUGGCAUGGGCUCUUACCCUCUGAAUUUCUGCCCAAUGGGAGGUAGGAAGCACUCCAGCGCUGCUGCCCAGGGUCCUCCCUGAACAAGGAGGAGACAGCUUGUAGGAGAGGAGGACUUGACACCUCUACUGUGUUGAAGCCAAGGUCUCCGACAGUGGCACCUGAUGUCCCAGAGGAAGAUGGAGAAUACAGAAAGCAAGCCCUGGGUGAGCGCAUAAGGUUUUCCUCUUCUUCAGCCAAGUUAAUAAUAGAGCAGGGUUCAAACCAAGAGAGCUGUGUUGUAUUUUAAGCUGAUCACAAUUCCUUCAGGGGAGCCAAUAGAAUACACACAACUGGCUGGUGCACUGGCAGUGAGAUGGCUGCAGAAAGCAGUGCUGGGGGAGGAAAGCCCCUCUUGCAUUGCGCUCUGAUACCCUCAUCUUGUUCAAUUUGGGACCUCCACCUCCCAGUGGGUGUGAUUAACCAGGACGAGCCUUCAUCAGCAUUUAGGAUAAAUGUGUGGAGCUCGGGACCAGAAUUGGCCAAGCUGGCAUAAGAGGGGUAGAAGGGCAUAAGAAAUGUCCCUGGGAGACACGUGUUAUGGAUGGAUAAUGUGAUGAAAUGGAAGGUGGGCUUUAAGGAAAUACAUCCCUAUGCCAGAAGGAGAGCAGGAAGACAUCUCCUGGGUGCAGCUCGGGCAGUUGCUCCAGCAGGCAGCUGGAGAGUGCUGGGCUAACAGACUUUAGAAAGAUGUUUUCUUCCUUCAAAGUUACCCAGUCAAGUGGUUUCCUAUUAAAAGUCAUCACAAAGACGUUGCCCUGAGGUUCACGUGGCAUCACCCAGUUGGCUCUGCAGUCCCCAGUUGUGCUGUGGUGAUGCUCUGGUACAUUCUGUAACUGCUAAUCAGCUCUAUACAUGCACAACCGCCCCAAGAAUCGAUGCUUAAAUAAACACUGGGAAUUAUGAGCUAA